UUUUAUUUCUUUCUAGAAAAGCGUUUUGGACUUAAGCCAAAUUGUUGAAGGAGUAAUUUGUGUUCCGAGUUCUUCUUUAAUGAGAGACCGUCAGCCAUCAAGACGAGGGACCAUAGAUUCCGUCCGAUCUCGGUGAAUGGGUGCAAUGGCACACACCAUUUCAUGUAUGGAUCCAACAUGCCUUGAUGCGAUGAGAUCGGUUCGCAUUCCAAGCAAGUAUAUGGAGAAGAUUUGGAGAUAGAUUCGUGAAGGAAGAGAGCAGCGAGAGAGAUCUCCUUCCGCAAAGGCUGGUCGAGAGUAUCGGGAGAGGAGUGGAGCGAGGAUUUGGGCGAUAACAACUGCUGCGAAAAGAUUCGAUCAAACAGCUCUUUGGAUGCCAUCGCACCCCUCAGACAAUGCAAUCCUAGCCGAUUUUUGCGAGAUCUUCAGCUCCUCAGAUACCUGUCCUCCUCCUUCAAUGGAUCACGAUCGCUUCCUUCUCGGCCCGGAGCGAGGCUGAUGGUAUUUAGGUUCUUGGUAAGAGUGUUGGAUGGAAGUUCUGUUGCUGGGUGAAACGGAGGAAGCAUGACACCGAAUGAACAGACCAAAGGCAGCGUCCCCGGUGACGGUGGACUCAGAAUGGGGAAGAAGAACAAGCAGAAGAAGAUCCCCCAGCGCGGGCUUGGAGUCGCCCAAUUGGAGAAACUCCGGCUAGAAGAACAGCAGAAGAAGGGCGCGUCUUCCUCCUCCGAUCCAUCCACGCAGGGCUUCGGUUUCCCGCCCCCGCCACCGCCGCCGCAGCAGCAGCAGCAGCCUUACUUCCCGCUCGCCACGGACGAAGGCGUGAUGCGACCUCGAGUCGCCCUGGUCGUGCCUGUCAAUUCCUACCCUGUCAUAUCAAUGCCACCCCCCCGGCCGGUCGCGCAGGACACCUCCAUGCCAGUGCUGUGGAACGCCGGCGAUCCGAACGCUUGCGACGGUGAGGCUUUUGCUAAGAGUUUUGGGUUUCAUGUCCCUCCGGGGAGCGAUCUCUCGAACACCAGUUGUCGAUCCAGGACGCCAAUGACACUGGUUAGGAGCAUCCAUCUUUCGCUGCGAUGUCAUGGGUUGCUUCGGUCCACGGCAGUGCUCACGAGUCCGUGUUGCUUGAUCUGCAGGCGAACAUGGCAUCACCAGCGUCGUCCGUGGAGCCCCCUUCAAACCAAACCACUUCGCAUAGCUACGACUUGCUAUCUUGCUGGCGAGAGCGAGAGCGAGAGCGAGAGAAAGAGCGAGCGAGGAUCCUUGGCAGGAAGCGGCCAUGUCCGUUUUACCCCGACGACAUCUCCAGUCAAACAGCUUACCCCUCUAAACUCCCUUCACCUGCAAAUGGAAUUGCUGGUUUCAGAAGAGACGCUUCGAGUUCCGGUCUUCAUCCCGACAGAGGCAACAAAGAAAAUGGCAGCUUUCUCACCUUGUGUCCCAAGUGCUCUUCCCCCAACCCAUCAUUCUAUAAACCCGAUCUUGGUGAUGUUGGUCAGGCAAGAAAGUGGUGCACUUUGUUUCACACCCUUCUUACGGUCAUCACUCUCUUCUUCCUCCUUGAUCGAACUUGCUUGUUUGCUGCAGGAUGAACGACCCUACUACAGUUUCAUACCCAUCGGUCCAAGUAGAUCUGAGACAGCAACAUCCGAGAGGAGAGGAGAAGCAGCGGAUGGUAUCGAUCUCAAUCUGAAGCUUUGAGAAAGGAGGCUUAACAUUGCUUUUAGUACGUGUUCUUCGAGUUUCAUUUUGGAUCGUCAUGAAUCGCAUCAUCUGGUAAUGUCGUAUAAAUCGAGACGAUGCCAUCGAUCCAAGAAAUCUGCUGCAUACUUCAGUUCUACGAGGUCUUUAGACAUAUAUAUUAUGGAUCAUAUGACUACAAGCCAUUGGAGUAUGGUUGGAGAUCGAGUUGAAGACUAUGAAAUGAAUCAUGUGUAUGAUUUGACCGAUCGAACUGCUGCAAUGCAGGGAACUAAUAAAUAAUACGAGUGGCGUGAUUCUACUGAUA